UUUGAAAGUAUCAAUUUGGUGAUUUUGUAGUCUGUCCAUAGACGUUCAUCUUUUUGCUACGAAUUUUUUUCGAGCGCGAGAGCGGGCGCAAAAAAAUUAUUUGAUCUUUCCACAUCCCCACCCCGUUGCGUUUUAGCGCGUGUAUCCCACGCGCCGGGUUAAUACUUCGCUAAUCCAACGAUAACGACGAACUCAAGGGUCUGUGGACUGACUGGUGAUUUUUUUAGGGGGGUGGGGUAUAAAUUGCUGGACCUUUUUGGGUAGAAAGAUACCAGCGAGAUAUUAUUUUCUAGGCUCGAUAACAGGGUAUCAAAGGCAUGUGGCGGGGGUACCUUUUCGGUUAAAAAAGUUUUUCGGCUUGGACCUUGGGGCGGAGCGUCCCACUAUGAAACUAACUAUGCUGAGUACAACCCUCAGGCCAGGUUCUUGAUGACUGGUGGAGCUAAUCAAUGCUACAAAACGGAAUCAAAACAUUGUGGACUGUUACCAUUGAAAUUUAAUGGUAUAUUUGUAGCAAUUUAUUCCGUUUUUCUCUCGACAAAUGGUCUGUGCAUGUGAGGGAAUGCGAUUUUUCAAGAGCUCGGACAGAAAUCUGAUCAUGUACCAGUUCACCCCUUGCAUCACGAGCGGAGGCUUGGUGAAGAGUUGUAUCAAAUUACAUGCAAAUAGACGAGACUUCCUGUCAGAGCUAAAAGUGGGUUAUGGCUCGCAGUUUUUGCUUUCAACAAACAAAUGAAAUGUUCUAGUAGUAACAAUAGAUGAAGAAGUAGAAGUGUUUUUUUUCGAGAGAUGCAGUGUCCCUUUUGCCAAGAAGAAGUUCGCAGCGAAGAUGACUUGCAGUUACAUUGUUUGGUCUGUUCGUCGGCUUAUGCAGAGCCUGGUAGAACUACAAGAACUCCCACAGUGGACAGUGUUGUAGUUCGCUUUCGCUGGGUCAAGUCGAGAGCAUGCUUCGAGAGAGAAGUUCAUCUCAUUAGCUCACUGGCCGGUUCUGUUAAACUCCACUGGAAGGAAGAUGAAGGACUGUAUGAGUCAGGCACUGUUGGUGUUCCAGUUGGAUCGCAUACCUGUCAGUUAGCUAUUGGUGGUGAUGUUGUUCCUACUGAAGAAUUUGAAGUUAAUGAAGACAGUGAUGUUAUUUUUAUAAUAAUUCAAGAAGCCAACUAUGGAUAUAUGUUUGAUGAAAAUGACAGGGGGAUACAAACCAAUACUGGUGAUGUGAGUUCUGAUGGUGAAACAGAGCCAGUGGAUGUGCACGACAGACCUCCACUUGACAUGGAAUCAAGGGAGAACCGAACUGAGACUGCGAAUGAAAUGAGUCCACUAUACAGAGAGCUGCUCCAGCAUCAGCUCAGCCAUGGUGAGCCUUCCUGGGUUCCAGGAAGUGGAGUUCCAUCACCAGUAAUGUCUGAUGUUGACCUAAGUGCCCUUGCUGGUCAGCGAGAUGAUGAUGAUGAUGACCCUCCCAUACUGACACCUCAGCCAGAUUCUACAGAAGAACUGCAGCCGUCAAGUCCUGUUCUGUUGCAUCCAGGACUGGAAGCAGGGGCUCGACCAGGAGACCUGUCAGGUGAAAGUGAUGGCCUUCAGUCACUUCCUGAUGGUGGAGACGUUGAUGAUCAGAGUGAAAAUGAAGCAGAAGAAGUACUUUCCAGUUCAAGGCCCCCAGCCCCGCCCUCAUCUGCCUCUCCAGUUCCUAGCAGCCACAGUGAGCAUGACAGCCGAGUGUCAUCAAGAGACAGUCCUGUCAAUAGUGUACCUAGUGAGGCAGGAACAAGAGACGACUCCGUUAUAAGUCCUUUACUAGAUGAGGCCCUUAGGCAUGACAGCCCACCUCCUAUCACUGGUACCCCAUUGACUGAAGAAGAGCACAGAAAUGUUGUUCCACGAUACACCUGCCCACAUGCCACACCGGUUGGAGAUCAUGACUCCACAGAAGAAACAGACCGUGUACCACCCACUGUCCAGACUACAACUGAAGAGCAGCGUAGAGAACAUGCCCAUUCGUCUCUCAGAGCCAGUCCUCUUGGCUCUGUCUUGGAUGCUGUGACAGUUCCUGUUGCUGAUACCAAUGUAACCUACAGCACACCAGCCGUAUCACCAAGUGUUAAUGAAAUCACCUCAUCUACUCAAAGACACAGCCCGGCAGGAUCAGUGCACAGUAGUUCUUUGUUUUCAUCUGGUUUACCAUCUCCUAUUAUGUCUCCAAGAGGUCGCAGCCAGUCGGAUACAGGCGUACCAGCGGCCUCGAGAGGAAGCCCUCCUGGGUCCAUUCACACCCAGACACAACCACCAUUGAGACCCCAAAGCCUUGGUGGAUCGGGAAGCCUCUUUAGAACAGUUCCAAUUUCAGUGGAGCUACUGACAACUGGUAACUCUGCAUCACAUUUGGAAAGUCGUCGGGGACCCAUUUCUGGUGCAGAGGGGUCAUCGAUAUCUCCUGUUGUAAGGCAAAGUCCCACAGGGUCCAAUCACAGCACCAGCGUUCGCCCUCGAGGCGGAUCAGGCCAGGAUGCUGAUGCUAGCCUUCACUCAAGUCAGAGGAGUACUCCUGUGCUCUCUGCUCAUGGUGAACCUCCAGCAGGAGCCAGUCCUUUUGUGGCAUCACCAAGAAGCUCGCAUUUGAGUCACCGAGAUAGUGGAGAUAGUACACCUUCAGUGCACAGUGCAGGACAUAGAACAUCAGGAGCAGGAAACCCCACAGAGCUGCAUAUGGAGACAGUGUAUAGACAGGUUACUGACACAGCUGCAAUAACCUCUCGUAAUGGAUCUACAGGAGCAACUCCAGUGAUGUCACCAACAGGCUCAAGGGAAAGUCAGAGAGAAAGUGAGAAUAGCACACCUUCAGUGCACAGUCCGAGACAUAGAACAUCUGGAGCAGGAAGCCCAUCAGAGCUCCUAGCGGAGAGAGCGUUUAGACAAGGUACACCUCCAGUAGUCUCACGUAAUGGAUCUUCAGCAGCAGCUCCUCCUGUGAUGCCAUCUAGAAGCUCAAGAGUUAGUCAUGGAGAAACUGAGAGCAGCACACCAUCUGUAAACAGUCCGAGGCAUAGAACAUCGGGAACUGGAAGCCCUUCGGAACUCCUUGCAGAAUCCUACGGGCGAGGUUCACCUCCAGUACCUUCCCACAGUGGUCCCAGCAGGGCAUUCAGAGGGCAAGGCCCAGUUUCUUCAAUUCGAAGUCGAGCUGAGCAUUCCUCUCGCCGUGUCGUGUCUCCUCCAUUGUCGCAUGAAUCAGUUAUUCCAAGCCGUGGAAGUGCAUUUGCUACUGUGAAUGGAGAAAGCGGACCAUCUGCAUUGAAACUAUCGUCUGAUUUGGAAGCUCUUAGAAAGGAAAGGGACACUCUGGUCGAUGAUUUCAGACAGAGGGCGGCUCAUUAUGAAGCAGAGCUUAGGAGAGUCAAGUCCAGGAAUGAGGACCUUGAGCAGCAGAUGCUGAGCAUCGAGACUGUAGCCUCUCUCGCCAAGCAAGAUGACGAGAAAACACAUGAACUGGAGCAGAAAGUGGUGGAUCUCAACAGAACUUUACGAGAGAAAGACGAGGAAAUCCAUUCACUGCAGGAGUCUGUGAGGAGACUGGAGAGAACCAAUCAGCAGUUGAAGGAUGAGCAAGAGAGUCUGAAAACUGUCAAUCAACUGAGCCUUGAAGAAAUGAACAAGCUCAAUUCAGACCUGCAACUAGAGAUAACACGUUUGCGGCGGAGAUCUCUGGAAUCAAACAGAGCCGGAGGAAAGAUGAUCGAGCUUCAAGUACUCAACAACACUCUCGAGCAGCAGGUCAGACAACUUCAACGAGACAACGACCGUCUGCAAACAAAACUAAAACAAGCAAAGCAAGAACUGGACACAAUGAAAACGAUAACAAGCAGAAAUGGCUCAAGACUCGGCAGAGCCAAGAGCGAAACAGACUUGUCAAAGAAAUUCGACAAAUAUACCUCAUACGACAGACACAAGUAUGCAGAUCUGGAACCUACAGCAAGGUCUGUUAGCUUCGCCACGAGAAGCGACAUUUUGGGGCUCGGACCAACUCGGUACAGUUCGUUGGACACGAAUUACACCCGAUCCCACGACGCUGCAGUGUCAUCUCCGGUUAUAAUGAACGGCUACGGCUCGCCGAGGUCUGAAGCCACGAGACAAUCGUCGUCGUAUACAUCCCUCCAAGACAAGCUUGCGAGUACUUCGCACAGAAGCAGGGCCACUGUCCCGAGGCACCGCGUAAGCUCGUUAGGAGAAGACAGCGAUGUCUCUGAUGAUCUAGAGCAUGGCUUGGGACACCAUACUGCAACUCACCCGAGGUGGCGCACACAAAGCUCCGAGUCUUCCACUUCGUCGGUCGUUUCGUGGGAUCGCGACUACAGGACAGAUGCUGCGACGAGGCAACCAAGAGCAAGCGCCUACAGUCAAGACUCGUCUCGGUAUCAACAAGUUGACAGAAUCAGUGGGCGUAGAAGAAGACCUCAUUCAUAUCAUGGAGCAACGGGGUCUCUGAACGACGUUUUUGGCAGCAAAGACGACUACACUUCUUCGUACCACAUCACGUCUUCUCCUUACUCCCAUUCUCUGCGUGAUGUUGGUCACCAUUCCACCUCCUCGUCAAGUUAUUCUACCAGUUCCCAGUCUCUUACAACCACUCCAUACCAUUCAGCAGUCACCGCGUCCCCUACAGAUACGAAAGUAUUCACCAAGCCAUUUGCGCCCAAGUCAAGCAGCGAUAUUCAGGUGGGAAUGGAGGUACUGGUAACGAGGUCACGAGGAGAGAUUGGCCGCGGAGUUGUAAAGUAUAUCGGGCCAUUGCCAGGCCGCAAAGACACGUAUAUCGGAGUGGAACUGGGACCAGGUCAUGAGGGAAAGCACGAUGGAUCUUUGAAUGGAGAAAGAUUAUUUUCUUGUAAACCAAACAAAGGGAUCUUCGUCUCCUUCAAUAAAGUCGUCAUGUGUUAUGGGUGAAGGCUGCUCACUUGUGGUUUCUGCAUUCCUCGUCUCGUGUAUAAAAAAGAGUUUAAUUUAGACUCCGCAGCAUCUGUUUCCUGCGGACGACAUACUUGCAUUACAUACAGGCAUAGAAGGAAGGACACUUCAUUGUACAGGAUACAUGACGGGCCUUUUCAGUAACUCUCAUGAUUGCGACCCCAACGGAACGAAAACGCAGUCGUUGGAUCGAGUGGUUUGUUUUUUUGUUCGUAUAUUUUAAAACCCGCCUCGACUUUUCAGAUCGAGCGCAAGUAGUUCCAUGUAAAAUACAUUCUCAUUUCUUCUUAAUCUGCGAUUUCAGACUAGUUGCUAAUAAUUUCAAGCUUUAUUACAAACAGUGAAAAGUAAAAAAAGUUCAUAUUUGUCCAAAGGGCGGUGAUCUUCAGUAAACGGUAGAUAUCAUCUCCAAACAAUCUAACACUGGUGUUGAUGUAUUUUAUCCAAAUGUAGUAUUGAUAAGUUAUUAUAUUUAUUAGCCUUAGUACUACAAGCAUUCGUUACAUAUUGUGUCUUAUAGAAUCACUUUUGGUGAACAAAGUUUAGCAGUCUUAUUACUAAGUAACCGAGAUGCCAGAUAUGUGCCAUUUAUUACCGGAUAUAUUUUAUACAGUGCACGUGAGAUUUUACGCGUUGCUUUUAUCCUCUUGCUUUAAUUUUCGAGCCAGUCUGUGUUUUAAAAUAGUCAGGCCUGCCAAAUGAUCAAAGGAAUAACUCCGCCCCAAGCGGUUUGUCACCGGCGUGAACCAAGGAGCUAUGAACACUUGGCACGAGGUGUACUUCGUUUAGUUUUAUCUGACGAGAAUUUUGCUGUCGAGGUCUUACAUCCUUACAUAAUUCAUGGAAGUGCCAAAUGAGAGUAGAAGUUAGACUGCAAAACAGUCCUGUUUUUUGCGAACGCGAGCGACGCGGGCGGUAUUCGAACGAAUGGUCUGGAGCGAUUGUGGAAACGGUGGGGAUCGGAGGUGAGGCUCGUGCGCUUCACGCGCGAGGAUCACGCUUACGGUGCUUUUUGCCUUCCGAAUAGGGAAGAAAAAACGACUGCUUUGCGGUCUAAGUAGAAGUGAGCGUUGGACUUUAAUCUCUUCUCAAAAAGAGACUCGGCUCACGGUCGCUCGCGGUCGUUUGUGGGGCCGUUUCUGACGUUUCUGGAGGCAAAACAAAAUUGUCCCCAGGAACGGUCCCACAAGCAACUACGAAAUGAGUCUCUCCCCAGGCUUCUCGUUUGUGUGGUGACGAUAUAGUUCUCUAUGUGCGGUUUGUACCGUGGUAUUCUCGUAGAACGCCAAGUGACUGUAACGUUUUCAUAUCAUAGGACUUUGCAUUUAUCCACAGAGUCGUUAAAAAAAUAAGUUCUUUAUCACUAUAUAUUCGCUAAAAUAAACUAUUCAACAGAAUUGUAUGAUUUAACUGAUUGUCAAUAAACAACGAAUGAUAUCACUUUG